UAAGCAACACCUGUUGACAGCCAGCCUCGUCACCUCAGAGCUGGUUUGUUGGUGGGGGUUUGCUGGGGUUUCGGUUCCAAAUUCUGAUAGUGAUUGGAACCCUGUAGUUUUUUUCUUCAUAUUUGUGUGAAGACUGCAACAUGAAGAGGCUUGAGAACAUUUUGUUAUGGAACUUGGUGGCUGCAGUGACCAUCCUGGGGCAAGCAAGGCCAAAUAAGAAGCAAAAUUAUCAGUCAAACAGUGGUCUAAAGUCGGACUGUGCGGGGAAUCUCAUGAGGCUGUCAUUGGACAAAGCUCUUGCCGUGGGGAACCAGCUGGAGGUGGAAGCCCUCAAUGGCACACAGCAAAUUUUGCUUACACCAACAUUAGCGGCUCAGUGUGGGUACAGCAUGGAGUCUGACCCGUGGGGUAACACCAGGAUCUACACGUCUCUGAUGGCCUGCUAUGUGGACAACAAAGAAGACUUAACAUUUAACGCUGGCUUGAGACUCCACAUGUACAGCCAGAGCCCAUCAGAUGUGGUUAGUCAUGAUGUGACGCAGACCUGUAGCUACACUCGGUGGGCCUCCAGAGAGAUCCUCUGUGACAGGAACUACAUGGAAGUGUCAAACUACAUGGCUACACCUGAUUCACAAGCUGAAGCGAAGGGGCAGACUCAAGAAAACAACUCCAAGAUGAACGCCAUUCCUGAAGCCUCUGGCGCAGCUCAUGGUAUCUGGAAGAUGACGUUUUACACUCCAGAGCCGGUGUCGAUGGUGCUGAGGGAGGCUGAACAAGCUGGAUAUGGUGCCAUGAAGACUGCAAACCGUCUGGUUAUGAGAAGCCCGUAUAACACGGCUGAGACUUAUUCAGAGGAUAUGGCCGGAGUCCCAAUGGAAGUCUUCAGGGUGAGCGCUUAUUACAAGGCGCCACAAGGUCUGAAUGUGGUGAACCUGGCAGCUGCUUGUCCCACAGGUGGUGUUCUCUUCACCGAGGAUGUCAUCUCUUGGCACGUGCCUCGCCGAGUGACCCCCCUGGUAGAUGGCGGCUUUAGAAUCACAGAGAUGCACAUGGGCAUCAAUGGACAGCGUCUGGAUAAAUCUCAGAUGGCCACACGGGGGUAUUCACUAACCACCACUGACUUCCACAUCGUCAUGGAGAUCCCUGUGGGCUCGCCUGACGGUUAUUACAAGAGCCAUGCCCCAGAUUACCAGUAUCACAUCACGUAUACUGUGGAGCCCAUGCUGGAGGUGCUGUGGAGGGCUGACAACACCCAGGAGGACACCAGAUACAAGGUUUUGUUCCCAAUCACCACCCCUCUGAUGCCUCGACCUCCACAUUCCCAAGACCAUACAGUCCCAGAGGGCCGCAUGUUCAGCGUACAUGUAGGAACCUUCCUUGAUGACGUGGAGUUGAGGAACAUCACAUUUUCCACCGGGGUUCUCUCUGUUGAAGAAAGCAAUGCCAGAGGAUUCACUGUUGAGGAGCACAGCUUUCCUAAUGGAACAAAGAGCUUCUCUCUCAAAGUGCCCUUUGAUGCUGGCGUCGUCCUCCAACAUAAUCCUGAACCCUUGGCUACAGUCUACUCCCUCCCUCUGGUCUUUGGGUUCAUCAUUCUGCCUGAAGAAACUCCCUUUGCCCAUCCAGUGGACCUGCAGGCGUCCCUGCAGGAUGUUGUUCCACCCAGUGUCACCGGUACAUGUGACCAGAACCUGUUUUACAUCAGUGUGACGUACGGGAGCCAAGGCAGCAAUUUUGAGACCAUGGUCGGACCUCGACAGCUAACACCUGAGCUAGCUGAGAGCUACCACUUUAAUGAGAACAGAACUCACUACAGCCUCACUGUGCCAUACACUGCCAAGGACGUGGCAUACGAGCUCCUGACAACAGAUUCAGUCCGAGCCAGACUUGACAUGCUUCUUUACGAUCCCCAAAACAACUGGGUGCUGACUGAUCUCUACCUGGCCUGCAACUUCCCUUUGACGACAACCAAGUGCCACUCAAAUGGAACAAUAACAGCUCUGGCUGUGAAGGUGGAAUCUGUGCCCAAUCUCAACCCUGGCUCUCUGACUCUGAGGGAUCAGUCAUGCAAGCCGACGUUUGCUGAUGAUCGCUUUGCAUAUUUCUCGUUCAGCGCCGAUUCCUGUGGGACUAGCAGAAUAUUCUUUGACAACUACAUGCUGUAUGAGAACGAGAUUGGCCUUUACUACAACAACAAACACAACUUCAACAAAGGAGCUGCCUACACAUCACCUGUUGAUCCUGAUUACAAGCAACUAAUUUCCUGCUACUACAUGGUCAACGACACUCAGACUGUAUCAUUUACCUACAAACCCCGAAGCGAAGAGCCUGCAGCGGAGAUUGGCUCAGGACAGCUGAUGGUGCAGAUGAGGCUGUCUCAUGAUGCUUCGUAUGAGCUCUUCUACCAAGCUGAAGACUAUCCAGUGGUCAGAUUUCUGAGGCAGCCUCUGUAUUUUGAGGUGGAGUUGAAGGAGUCAGCUGACCCACAGCUGGAGCUCAUCCUGGAGAAUUGUUGGGCCACACUGCAUGAAGACAGGACAUCUCUGCCCAGCUGGGACAUUAUCGUGGACAGCUGUGAAAAUCACGAUGACAGCUACAUGACCCUCUUCCAUCCUGUUGUGAGUGACUCGAGGAUUACACUCCCGUCCCAUGCCAAGCGUUUCUCAAUAAAGAUGUUCACCUUUACACAAGAUGAAGAGGUUCUGAAAGACGAGAUUUAUGUCCACUGUGAUGCAGUGAUUUGUGACACAAACAGCCGAGCAGACGGCUCCUGCAGAGGACAGUGUGUCCAAACUGCAAGCACAAGUGACUCCAGGCAUCAAGGGAUUAAAGGAGGAGUAAAAAGAGAACAAAGAAGCACAGACUCUCAUCAAACACGGCUCUCUUCUGGACCCAUUCUAUUAGUACACAAACUCUGAAUAAACACAUUUUCUUAACUUUA